CAACAACCAUACAAGGCAGCCAUAGUAGCAGGUUCCCGUGGGUUAUCAGCGUAAAUAAGGUCUCGGACUGUCCUUUAUCAAUCAGACAGAUAGAGAGCCCAACCCAACGUAAAGAUGCCGCGUCCACGAUCGGCCCGAUCAGAUGGCAGUGAUGGAGAUUUGGAGGUCUUGGCGGAACAAGAACUGCAGAAACUGCAGAGACAGUUUCGCAUCAUGGAGGGCGACAGAGCAGCUUAUACAGAGGAGUCGCAGAACCUUAUCCGUAAACAGAAAAAUGAGAUUUCACAUUUGGAAUCUGAGAAGCAGGAACUCCUUAAAGAACUUCGUCUGGCAGAGAGUCGCAGCAAUCAAAUGAAGGAUGAGGACCACACAGAUACUCUUGUCACUCUGGCCAUGGCCAAAGAGGAUUACGAUUCAGAACAAGCUGAAGAAAAGAGAAAAAGUGUGGAGCUUGAUGCCAAAAUAAGAGAAUGGGAGAAGAAAAUACAUAACCAGCACAAGAACAUGGGAGGAAUACACAUGAGCUCCCAACACACAGUUCAAACGCAGAAGACCAUUCGUACAUUGGAAAACAGACUUGACUCGGCCAAGAAACUAUUUAACACUUAUCUGACAGAAAAUUCAAAAUACCGAGAUGAAAUUGAAAGCUUGCGUGUUGAAAGGACAAGAUUUGAUGGUCUCUACAAAAAGCUUGACAAGGAGCUCGUAAUGGCCAGACGAGAGAAGGGAGAGCUUAUUGAAAACUCAACACAGGCCUAUGAUUCUAGGGACGAAGCUCAGGCAAAGAUGAUACUGCUUAAGGAGAAGGCUGACAAGGACAUGCAGCAACACAAUGCGGAGAUGAAGGAACUGCUUCGCAUCAUCGACCACGACCGUUCCCUCCGCGAGUUCAUGGGGAUCAAGGGCCAGGAGAGACAGGAGGACCCACAGCUGGUGGCAUGGCGCCAACGCAAGGAGGCCAUAGAAGCUGACCGUAAGAAGGAGAGUCAAGAAGAUUCUGUGGAAACUUAUGAGGCAGCAUUUGAGAGAAUUAAGGAAAUGACCGAUGAAGCGGACCUGGAUCUUUUGGUGCAAAAAUUCAUUGAGGUGGAGGAUAGAAACUUUGCCCUCUUCAAUUUCGUCAAUGAGCAAAACAAUGAAACAGAAACUCUACAAGAACAGAUUGAGGAGAUAAAUAAUGAAAUAGAAAAGUUCAAACUGCAAGGCAUCGAGCUAGAGGACCAGAGGAAGAAAAUAUUGAAGGAGUUGGAAGAGCAGAGUAAUGAAGCUGCGGAGACUGGAGACACAGCUGACGGAAAGAAUAAAGGAAUCACAAAGAUCCUGGAUCAGCUCAGAGCUGGCAUAUCAUCCUUAUUUAGCAAGAUAAACUGUGACAAAUCCUCGAUUGAUGACAUGUUGGGAGCGGCGACAGGGGUGACAGACUCCAACAUGAUUCAGUAUCUGGGGAUUAUAGAACAGCGAACCAAUGAGCUGUUGGCUGUGCAGGGAUACAUCAACUCUAAGGACCUUGACAAGAAGACAACAACGGGAGGUUUCCUAGGAGAAGGACCUAAUCCUCCUCAACCUCAGCUUCCUAUUAUUCCACCAGCCGUUGGUGAUGAAUAUGACAGCGAGGGAAGCGAGGCUAGUGACGAUGAGGCUCGGCCGAUGACAAGAAACGAGUUACAGCGACGUGUUAUGAACACAGUUAAGAAACGCGAGGCUGCAGCAAAGAAACAGGAGUUUAAAUAUGACUUAUCAAACGCCAAAGAAAAGACAUCGAAAAAUAAAAAAGACAAGAAAUAAAAUAGACAGUGAUGAAAAAAUAUGACAAUAAGAAUGUUGAUUGAUGAUAUUUGAAUAAUAAAGUGACACCAUCUAAGGACAGCGAGGCUUGCAGUUGAACAAGAUCACAAUUAAUUUUUCCAACAUUGAGAAAACAACUCUACUGUAGACAUAUCGUGUCAUUGACUGAAACUUGAACAUAGUUUAUGGACUUUAAUUGUUCAGAAUCCGUAAGAAUAUUUACUGUAAAUGUGUAACCAAUCAAGAAAUUAAUUUAAAAUCAACAUCUUUGUCAACAAGAUUGAGAUAAAGUGACGUUCAUAUACAAUUUUUCAAAAUUUCAAAUUGUACCUUUGACUUAGAAAUAGUUAUCUAAAUUUGGAACAUUCUUGAAUUUUGAAGAAAAUGUAUAAAAACUUGCUAUGGAAGUGCACAAGUUCUCAAUAAAACAAAUAUAUUUACAGCACCUUUUGGGAAUAGACAUAUACUUGAUUAUAAACGAUGCCAUUCAAGUUUGUAUCCAGUACAUGAACAAUACAAUUAUUAUACACAUUUUGAUAUGUUAUUAUUGUGUUGGAACUUAUGUUUCAUAUGGAAAUAUGUGUGAGGAAGCGAGAGAGAAUGUGUGUGUAAAAUAUACAAUAUUAUCUGUGAUAUCAAUUAAAACAUCAUAUCCUCUAUUUCAUAUUGAUGUUCAGAAUCAAUUAACGUGAAAUUUUUCUUACAAAUCCCAAACAAAAUUUUUGUGAUUUUUUUUGAGAAAAAUCUUGAAAAUUAUCUAUUCAUUAUUUUAAAUAUUUGAUGAAUAAUAUUUGUUAAUAUUGGAGAUUAGGUUUCCUACACUGGACAUUCUUUGCCAACAAUAAGGAAAGGUAAGAAUGCUAUUUAUCUGGCAUGUAAAAUUUAGGUACUUUUGUGGGAUUUUAAUUUUCACAUUUUUUACAGUAAAAUAGACAAAACAUUUUUUUAAUUUUUAAAAAACAAAUUAAUAAAUCCUUAGUGUAGCACUUUAUGCAGUAAGGCCCCUAGACAUGAGAGCUAUCAAAAAUACAUCUCUUUAAGCAAACCUGGGAAAUUAAAAGCUGUGGGAAACAGAAUUUUAUAGUAUUUAUAUCCAACUUUGAUGCAGAAGGCUAUAUAAUAAAAAUAAUGAAAGAGGGCUAUCUAGCGGAAACUGACUUAUUAAAGUUAAACAAUAUGGACAAACGGUUCAUCGUACUAUGUAUCAUUUCAAUAUGUGAACCUAAAAACAACUUUGAAGCAGAAGAGCAGUACUUAUGCAUGUCUUGGAAUUGCCUUAGAUCUGGAUUUCAAGAAUUAAAUUGCGAUAUUUUCAAAUUUCAGUUAUCUUAGAUCUAUUUUUAAGACCUCAAAAAUAUGCACAGUAUUUAUAUUAAAUAAAGAUGACUUCGAUACAACCUUAAA